AUGGGCGAUGGGGGCGCCGAACGCGACCACGGCCCCGCGCACCGGGCGGAGUCUAGGCGCGCCGGGAACCUUGGCGGAACGGAGGACUCGCGGGCCGACGGGGAUUGCCGAAGUCCAAGGGAGGUUGCGGGAACCUCCGCCUCCAGCCCGGCGGGCUCCCGGGAAAGCGGCGGCGACAGCGACGGGCAGCCCGGGCCGGGCGAGGCGGACCACUGCCGCCGCAUCCUGGUGCGAGAUGCCAAGGGGACCAUUCGGGAAAUUGUCCUGCCCAAGGGCCUGGACCUGGACCGACCCAAGCGGACACGCACAUCCUUCACGGCUGAGCAGCUGUACCGCCUGGAGAUGGAGUUCCAGCGCUGCCAGUACGUGGUGGGCCGUGAGCGCACUGAGCUGGCUCGCCAGUUGAACCUGUCUGAGACACAGGUGAAGGUCUGGUUCCAGAACCGGCGCACCAAGCAGAAGAAGGACCAGAGCAGGGACCUGGAGAAGCGCGCAUCCUCCUCGGCCUCGGAGGCCUUCGCCACCUCCAACAUCCUGCGGCUGCUGGAGCACGGCCGCCUGCUGUCGGUGCCCAGGGCGCCCAGCCUGCUGACGCUGACCUCCGGCCUGCCAGGCCUGCCGGGCCUGCCGCCUGCCGGCCAAAGGAGCACCUCCUUGGGCGACCCCAGGAACUCAUCCCCGCGCCUCCCCGCGCUGCCGCCGCCGUCAGCCUCGCCCCCGCUGCCGCCCCCGCUGCCCGCCGUGUGCUUCUCGGCGGCCCCGCUGCUGGACCUGUCGGCCGGCUACGAACUGGGCUCCUCGGCCUUCGAGCCUUACAACCGGCUGGAGCGGAAAGUCGGCAGUCCCGGUAGCGGCGGCGGCAAGAAGGCCAGCACUUAAGCCUCCC